GCAGUCUAAUCGAAGGUUGUAGAAGCCAAACGACUUAGAGAGGAAAUUAGGGUUAGGGUUUUUUCAAUCGUCAGUACCUAAUCAGCUAAGCAGAGUAAUCGCGACAAUGAUUUACGACGUCAACUCACCACUCUUCCGAUCCUUCCUCAGCCAGAAGGGCGGCUCCUCCGAUAAGAGGAAGUUGGAAGAGCAGAAGCCCAAGGAGCAUCGACCAAAGGCCAGUGAGAAUAAGCCUGUUAUGAAUGAGUGACAACAGAUUGACAUGUUAAGCCAUGGAUUGGUUUAGGAUCCUUUGUGUUGUUAAGUAGAUGAGUACUAUGUGUUUAAGACAAGCUUAUCGCUAUGCAUUGGCUUUUCAGUAACUUUGUGAGCUACGAUUUCCAGUUAUAAUUUACACUCGUUUGUUUAGAA